CUCGUAAAAAAAUUGGUAAUAAAGGUUUAAUUAAAUCUAAUAAUACAGAUUCUACAACUAUUAGUAAUACAAAUAAUAUAUCAUUUUCACCAAUUGCUAUACAAACUGAAUCUAUUAGUAAUACAGAUUCAAUUAAAUCUAAUAUCACAGAUUUUGCAACUAUUAAUAAUACAAAUAAUAUAUCAUUUUUACUAAUUGCUAUACAAACUAAAUUUAUUAUUAAUACAGAUUCAAUUGAAUCUAAUAUUACAGAUUUUGCAACUAUUAAUAAUACAAAUAAUAUAUCAUUUUCACCAAUUGCUAUACAAACUGAAUUUAUUAUUAAUACAGAUUCAAUUGAAUCUAAUAUUACAAAUUUUGCAACUGUUAAUAAUACAAAUAAUAUAUCAUUUUCACCAAUUGCUAUACAAACUGAAUCUAUUAUUAAUACAAAUUCAAUUGAAUCUAAUAUUGCAGAUUUUGCAAAUAUUAAUAAUACAAAUAAUAAAUUAUUUUCAUCAAUUGCUAAACAAACUGAAUCUAGUACUAAUACAGUUGCUACUCAAAAUGAAGUUAUUAUCUUACAAUCUAAUAAAAUUUAA